AUGUAUAAAAUUAAAAAUCAUGAUUUCAAUAACAAAAAUUACUACUCAGACGUUAAUAUUAAAAAAAAACAUGAUCUAAUUGAAAAAAUAUUGUGUGACUAAAAUAUAAUUGCAUUCUUAAAAUAUUUAGUACAUCUAACUUCUAUAGAUAUUAGAUUCAUUCAAAGUGGAUCAAAUUCUCUUCAUUUAUUAGUUGAAAUGAAGGUUGAUUUGAAGAGAUAAUGUUUUGAAAACAUUAAAAUUAACAAUACUUCAUUGUGUGGUGCGAAUUUUUUCAGAUGUGACUUGAGUGGGUCUGAAUUUGAUAAUGUCAUUAUUCUAGGAAUAAACUUGAAUGGAGCAUUGUUGCUCAAUUGUAAAUGGAAGAAUAUAAGAAUAGAUGAACUAAAUAAAUUGGAUGAUCCAUUAAGGAUUCAUUCUAUCUGUUUCUCUCCUGAUGGUACAACAUUAGCAUUUAGUGAUUUAGAAUAUGUUUAUAUUUGGGAUAUAAAGAAAGGAGAAAAAAAAGUCAAAUUAUAUGGUUAUUUGGUUAAAUCUAUUUGUUUCUCUCCUGAUGGGAUUACGUUAGCUUCUUGUAGUCGUGGUUCUAUCUGUAUAUGGGAUGUUUAGACAGGAUAUUAAAAAACCAAAUUAGAUGGUCAUAUGAAUUCUGUCAAGUCGGUUUGUUUCUCUCCUGAUGGUAUUACAUUAGUAUCUGGUGGUAAGGACUGUUCGAUUCGUAUUUGGGAUUUUAAGGCAGGAAAAUAAAAAGCCAAAUUAAAGGGUCAUACUAAUUCUGUCAAAUCAGUCUGUUUAUCUUAUGAUGGUACUAUAUUAGCAUCUGGAAGCAAGGACAAGUCUAUCCAUAUAUGGGAUGUUAGAACAGGAUAUAAAAAAUUCAAAUUAGAUGGUCAUGCUGAUUCUGUAGAGUCAGUCAGUUUCUCUCGCGAUGGUAUUACACUAGCAUCUGGCAGCAAGGAUUGUUCCAUUCGGAUAUGGGAUGUUAAAACAGGAUAUUAAAAAGCUAAAUUAGAUGGUCAUACCAAUUCUGUCUAGUCAGUCAGGUUCUCUCCUAAUAAUACGUUAGCAUCUGGUAGCAAGGAUAAGUCAAUCCGUAUAUGGGAUGUUAAGGCAGGAUUAUAAAAAGCCAAAUUAGAUGGUCAUACUAAUUCUAUCAAAUCAAUCAGCUUCUCUCCUGAUGGUACAACAUUAGUAUCAGGUAGCAGGGAUAAGUGUAUUCGUAUAUGGGAUGUCAUGAUGACAUAAUAUACAACCAAAUAAGAGGGUCAUAGUGAUGCUGUUUAAUCUAUCUGCUUCUCUCAUGAUGGUAUUACAUUAGCUUCUGGUAGCAAGGACAAGUCUAUCUGUAUAUGGGAUGUUAAUUCAGGAUCUUUAAAAAAAAAAUUAAACGGUCAUACGAAUUCUGUCAAGUCUGUUUGUUUCUCUCCUGAUGGUAUUACAUUAGCAUCUGGUAGUAAGGACUGUUCGAUUCGUAUUUGGGAUGUUAAGGCAGGAAAUUAAAUAGCCAAAUUAGAGGGUCAUACUAAUUCUGUCAAAUCAGUCUGUUUAUCUUAUGAUGGUACUAUAUUAGCAUCUGGGAGCAAGGACAAGUCAAUCCAUAUAUGGGAUGUUAAGACCGGAAAUAGAAAAUUCAAAUUAGAUGGUCAUGCUAAUUCGGUCAAGUCAGUUUGUUUCUCUAUUGAUGGCAUUACAUUAGCAUCUGGUAGUGGAGAUAAGUCUAUCCGUUUAUGGGAUUUUAAGAUGGGAUAUUUAAAAGCAAAAUUAGAAGAUCAUGCUAGUUCCAUAUAGUCUGUCUGUUUCUCUCCUGAUGGUACUAAAUUAGCAUCCGUUAGCAAGGAUCAUUCUAUAGGUAUGUGGGAAGCUAAACGAGGAUAAAAAAUUUUCUUACGAAGUUACAGUGGUUUCAAAUUCAUCUCCUUCUCUCCUAACGGAAGAAUUUUAGCAACUGGUAGUUCAGAUAACUCUAUACAUUUAUUGAAUACUAAGACACUUGAAAAAGUCGCAAAAUUAGAUGGUCAUACUAAUUCUGUAAAAUCAGUCUGUUUUUCUCCUGAUAGUACUACGUUGGCAUCUGGUAGUUUAGAUGGCUCUAUUCGUUUUUACGAGGUUAAGAAUGAAUUUUAAUCAGUCAAAUUAGAUGGUCAUAGCGAUAAUGUUAAUACUAUCUGCUUCUCACCUGAUGGUACUCUGUUAGCCUCGGGUAGUGAUGAUCGAUCUAUAUGCUUAUGGGAUGUUAAUACAGGAGAUUAAAAAGUCAAAUUUAAGAACCAUACUAAUGAUGUAUGUACAGUCUGUUUCUCCCCUAAUGGACAUACAAUAGCCUCCGGUAGUGAUGAUAAGUCUAUCCGAUUAUAUGAUAUUUAGACAGAAUAAUAAACAGCCAAAUUAGAUGGUCAUACUAAAGCUAUUUGUUCAGUUUGUUUCUCUAAUUCUGGUUGUACAUUAGCAUCUGGGAGUUAUGAUAAAUCUAUUCGUUUAUGGGAUGUUAAGAGGGGAUAAUAGAAAAUCAAAUUAGAGGGUCAUAGUGGUGCAGUUAUGUCAGUCAACUUCUCUCCUGAUGAUACUACAUUAGCAUCUGGUAGUGCAGAUUGGUCUAUCCUUUUAUGGGAUGUUAAGACAGGAUAAUAAAAAGCCAAAUUAAAAGGUCAUUCUAAUUAUGUUAUGUCAGUCUGCUUCUCUCCUGAUGGUACCGAAUUAGCAUCUGGUAGUCAUGAUAAGUCUAUCUGCUUGUGGGAUGUUAGGACAGGAUAAUUAAAAGAUCGCUUAGGUGGUCAUAUUAAUUAUGUUAUGUCAGUCUGUUACUUUCCUGAUGGUACUAAAUUAGCGUCGGGUAGCGCGGAUAACUCUAUAAGAUUGUGGGAUGUUAGGACAGGAUGUUAAAAAGUAAAAUUUAAUGGCCAUACUAAUGGAAUUCUCUCAGUCUGUUUCUCACUUGAUGGUACGACAUUGGCAUCUGGUAGUAAUGAUCACUCUAUUCGCUUGUGGAAUAUCCAAACUGGAUAAAAUAUUCAGAAUAAUCUUUAGAAAGAUUAGCAAGCAGAAUUUAACAUUUAAUCAUACUAUAAUUUUUGUUUACAAAAUUCUUAAAUUUCAAAAUUAGUUCUAUCUCCAAAUCCUCAAUUGGAAGCUAAAGGUGCUGUAAUCUUAAAAGGAGAAUUUGUUAAUUCUUAAGGUUAUGAUUUAAGAUCUUUAUUUUAAUCUAAAGGUUGCUUUAUUUUUGAAAAUCAAUCGGAAGUUUUUUCAUGGACAAAUUGA